UAUUAGGUCGUGAAAUGGUCGCGUUAACUUGAAAUUUGUGCUUUUACCUCUGUUGCUUUUGUUUUCCGUUGUUAAGAUAACAUUGCCAGUUGAUUUGGUCGAAUACGGUCGAAUAAAUUUGCCUCUCUCAAGAAAAGUAAAAUGAGUAUCCCCAUUUCGAAAUGUUUUUUUUUCAUCCUUUUGGCUAUAAUUUGGCAAGUUAAUUGCUCUGAAAAAGCAGCUAAUGAAUCAGAAAUACAAGAAGAAUGCUCGAGCGAUGAUAUGAAAUAUGUGGUACUACUGCUGGAUGAACUUAAAGGAUCCGCAAAACCCGAAGUGAUUGGUGUAGGUACAUUACUCAAUCCCACUACAAUUUUAACAGCGGAGAUACCAGAGACAGCUGUGGUUACGGUCAGUGUAUUCGUUACUCCUAAUACGGCUGUAGGUACGGGAAUAAAACAGGCGAGGGGUUGGUUUGGUAAUCUUUUCAAAAAUAUCGGGAAUUGGAUUAAUGUCAAAAUAGUAAAACCUAUUGUUAAUUUGUUCACGCCCGAUCCCGAGCCCGAGGUUCAUCAUCAUUAUCAUCAGGAUCAAAGCACUCGUCAAAAAAAUGUCUAUUAUAUCAAUAAUACGAUUCAGAAUAUUACCAAAAUAAUCAAGAAUAUAACAAUAAUAAAUUAUUAUGGUAAUACUUACCAUGUGGAAUCAACCGCAUACAAUUUAACUAAUAUUAUGAUCGAUAAAAAUAUAACUCUCACCAACGUCAAUAUUCAGAAUGUUCACUACAAAAGCGUUCCACUAGCGAAAGGACGCGGCAUGGGUAAUAUCGCUGUCAUAAAAAUAGAGGAAGGUCUGCUUUCUAUUCAACCAGAUUUGAAAUUUGUCAAACUCCCUGUUCCCGAAAUGCGUUCGAGGUCGGCAUCGUCACCAUCAUGGCCAUCCGAUUGGCCAAAUACACGAAAAUACGAAAAAGACAAUUUAUCCUGCAAAGGAGCUACAGUAAUUGGAUUUAAAAAAAAAUAUGAAGACAAUUCAACAGGAAUUGCAUCUGUUGGUACUAUGGAACAUGGAAAUAAAAAACGGCCUUACGUUGUUCUGGAUAAAAGCCUGGAAUGUUUGGUUGACCGAAAAGGAGAUGGACAAAUAUUUGUAGAUAACUGUCAUGCGCCAUAUGACGGACCGCUCAUAUGUGGCGACGUUCAAAUGGGAAUAAUAGCUGGCGGACAGAAUUGUGACCCAACACCAAGAAGAAGAAGAAUUAAAACAGCUGAUUCAUUCGAUUUCAUUUCAUCUGAAACGAUGUUUGACUUUGUUGUGGAACAUUUGCAAGACGAAAAGAAAAGAUCAAAGAAAACCAGUUCCACUGUACGACCGUAUACCAAUAAUUCUUUAAUUCUAACGAUUAUUGUAUUUUGGGUUUUCAAAUAAAAAUUAAAUUUUUAAUUUA